UUACUACUGCUUAACUGGAAAUUUUGCCUCUGGACCACAUUACUUUUUACUUUGCCCUUUAUGACAGAUUUUUCUUUCCUGAAAUGCAAUUUGACAUUGAAAUUGACCAUUUGCUGAGUUCCGUUCCUAGUCCUUAAAUCUUAAUAUUUUGUUAUUUGGUGCCACACUGCUGGUAUAUGUGUGCUUGGGAUGGAACCUUGGUCAGCCAUUAGCAAGGCAAGUUGUAUUAUCUCACGGCUGUAUUCUCUCUCCAACUCAAAUCUUCAUCUCAAACUCCACUUUUCCUCAGCAAGUAUAAGCCAACCUGCCUAAACUCUAUAGCAGCUCUCACUGUGUUGACGGUUCACGUGGGUAGCACUACCCUCCUUUGAGACCUAGAGGGCUGUCGUUUACAUAGCUGUUUCAUCUCUGAAUGAGUCCCGAAAACGAUAGCAAAAAUAUGUUUUGUUUGCAAGGCUGUUGCUGAAGAUCAAAUGAAAGAUGUUUAGUAUCUGGCGUCAAGUGUCUGCUCUGCAUUUGCUCUGUGUACUAACAAAUGCCGCAACUUGAGGGGGGGAAAAGAAGAAAAAAAAAAAAAACCGGGGAGAAUGAAGUCCUCUGACAAACGAUUCUGCAAGGUUACGUCAAAAUAGUCAUUACUCUUCACAGACAUCGGCCGACAGAGGGUCGCUCCCUCCCGGCGCUGACUGGCUCUACCAUCGUCUUCGAAUCUGUCCGGCUGUUAGGCUCAGAGGAACGGCGGCAACGUCCCUAAACGCACUUCCUGGCUCCUGAGACCGUCCGGCCGGGCUGAGGCGGAGACGGAAAGGUGACAGAAAUUCAGUUCCGCCCUCCCGCCGUCGUCUUCCAGUCUCUUAGAGACAGAGGAGCGCGGCCGGGAAGGACGCAGUCCGCCCAACCGAGGUGGACACCCAAGCGUUUAUCUUUCCCGCCGCCGCCUCAAGAACCAACCGCAACGGAUAUUCCGUCAAGCUCCGCGCCGCUUCCGCUCGCUUUUUAAUCACGUCAGCGCCCAGCUAUCGCGGGAUCCUCCGGCUGCGGCAGCGCUUCGCACAAAGAUCUCGCGAAAGUUGUUCCAACAUUUCCAACCCAGCCUCUUACCUUCCCUCACCCCGCCCCCAAAUCCGUCCUUCCUUUCUCUGUCUCAGUUCCAAAAAUUAUCCCCUACCCAGUAACGCACCCCCCACCCCACCUCUUCCUAGGCGCUGCCACCGCCCGCCUCCGGGUUCCGAGUCCUGCCCGGAACCGGAAGCGCGGUGGGCGGGGCCCGGCGGCGGAAAACGCAGCGGAGCCGGAGCCGGGGACUCGGCUGUGGCCGCAGCCUCGGUCCCUUCCGCCGAUCGCCGUGGCUCCAGGUUGAAGGUCGGUGCGGAGGCGGGUGGGCGCGGGUCUCCCCGGGAGCGUCGGGGCGGCAGCCUCCCCGGGCCUCCCGGGCUCCGCGAGAGAUCAUGUCUACAGCCUCCGCCGCCUCCUCUUCCUCCUCCUCUUCUGCGGGUGAGAUGAUCGAAGCCCCCUCCCAAGUGCUCAACUUUGAAGAGAUCGACUACAAGGAGAUCGAGGUGGAAGAGGUUGUUGGAAGAGGAGCCUUUGGAGUUGUUUGCAAAGCUAAGUGGAGAGCAAAAGAUGUUGCAAUUAAGCAGAUAGAAAGUGAAUCUGAGAGGAAAGCUUUCAUUGUAGAGCUCCGGCAGUUAUCCCGUGUGAACCAUCCUAAUAUUGUAAAGCUAUAUGGAGCCUGCUUGAAUCCAGUGUGCCUUGUGAUGGAAUAUGCAGAAGGAGGCUCUUUGUAUAAUGUGCUGCAUGGUGCUGAACCAUUGCCAUACUACACUGCUGCGCACGCAAUGAGUUGGUGUUUACAGUGUUCCCAAGGAGUGGCUUAUCUUCACAGCAUGCAACCCAAAGCUCUAAUUCACAGGGACCUGAAGCCACCAAACUUACUGCUUGUUGCAGGGGGUACAGUUUUAAAAAUCUGUGAUUUUGGUACAGCCUGUGAUAUUCAGACACACAUGACCAAUAACAAAGGAAGCGCUGCUUGGAUGGCUCCAGAAGUAUUUGAAGGUAGCAAUUAUAGUGAAAAAUGUGAUGUCUUCAGCUGGGGUAUUAUCCUUUGGGAAGUAAUAACACGACGGAAACCCUUUGAUGAGAUUGGUGGCCCAGCCUUCCGUAUCAUGUGGGCCGUUCAUAAUGGUACUCGACCACCAUUGAUCAGAAAUCUACCUAAACCCAUCGAGAGCCUAAUGACUCGUUGUUGGUCCAAAGAUCCUUCUCAGCGUCCUUCAAUGGAGGAAAUUGUGAAAAUAAUGACUCAUUUAAUGCGGUACUUUCCAGGAGCAGAUGAGCCAUUACAAUAUCCUUGUCAGUUUUCAGAUGAAGGCCAGAGCAACUCUGCCACCAGUACAGGUUCAUUCAUGGACAUCACGUCUACAAAUACCAGUAAUAAAAGUGACACUAAUAUGGAACAAGUUCCUGCGACAAAUGAUACUAUCAAACGCUUAGAAUCAAAAUUAUUAAAAAACCAGGCAAAGCAACAGAGUGAAUCUGGACGUUUAAGCUUGGGAGCUUCCCGUGGGAGCAGCAUAGAGAGUUUGCCCCCAACCUCCGAGGGCAAGAGGAUGAGUGCUGACAUGUCUGAAAUAGAAGCCAGGAUCGCUGCGACAGCAGCCUAUUCCAAGCCUAAACGGGGCCACCGUAAAACCGCUUCAUUUGGCAACAUUCUGGAUGUCCCUGAGAUCGUCAUAUCAGGCAAUGGGCAGCCUAGACGUAGAUCCAUCCAAGACUUGACGAUUACUGGAACAGAAUCUGGUCAGGUGAGCAGUAGGUCUUCCAGUCCUAGUGUCAGAAUGAUCACUACCUCAGGACCAACGUCAGAAAAGCCAGCUCGAAGUCACCCUUGGACCCCUGAUGAUGCCACAGAUACCAAUGGCUCAGACAACUCUAUCCCAAUGGCCUAUCUAACACUGGAUCACCAAUUACAGCCUCUAGCACCAUGCCCAAACUCCAAAGAAUCUAUGGCAGUGUUUGAACAGCAUUGUAAAAUGGCACAAGAAUACAUGAAAGUUCAGACAGAAAUUGCUUUGUUAUUGCAAAGAAAGCAAGAACUAGUUGCAGAACUGGACCAGGAUGAAAAGGACCAGCAGAAUACAUCUCGUCUGGUACAGGAACAUAAAAAGCUUUUAGAUGAAAACAAAAGCCUUUCUACUUACUACCAGCAGUGCAAAAAACAACUAGAGGUCAUCAGAAGUCAGCAACAGAAACGACAAGGCACUUCAUGAUUCUCUGGAACUGAUGAAUUUUGAAAUAUGCAAAGACUUUUUUUUUAAGAAAAAAACUCUUAUAUUGACAAUUAAUGAGUGUUAGCUUUUUGGCGUGUUCUGAAUGCCAAUUGCCUAUAUUUGCUGCGUUUGUUUCAUCAUUUAUUUUCCUUUCUUCUGGUGGAAAUGCAGUUCACCUGUCUCCUUGCAUAACAUGGGGGCAUCUGUGACUUGAAUGAGCAGCAGUUCUCAACUUCAAAACAGACGCAAUGAACCAUGGUUAUAUAUGCAUGCUCAUUGUGUGGAGGCUAGUCUAAAAUAACAAGGGGUAUCAAACUAGCUGCUAUGUGCAAACAUUGCCUUUUUCUGAGGUGGAACCUCAAGAAUUAUUUGUUCUUGUAUCUCAUCUCAAAAUAAUAAUUUUUUUUCUAAAAGAUGGUCUAUGCCAAGUAAAAAACAGGGUAUUAUAAAUCUAGAAUAAUUGGUGGUACAUUAUAUAAAUGCACGACCUGUAGGGAUAGUUCAGAGUGAGGGCUUUGAUGCUAACAUCCUUGGAUCAGUACUGAACUUAGUUCCAUUCAUAAAAUAUUUAAAGGUAAGUGAUGGCUGCUGUAUUUAAUGAAAGCAUAUUUCAUUAGAUUAAAAGUUGACUGGUAGCAUUGAACAAAGUGGAACUCUUUAUGGUAUAAAGAUUUUUAAUUCUGUGAUUGUGUGUGUGUUAACUCUGUAAAGCUUUUAUGACUCAAAUAUUAAUAUCUCUUAAAUGAAAUUAAAAGGUAAAUGAGUACGAUCCACCUUAAUUGAUCCUUCCUGUAUUGAUUAUUGGAUUUAGUCAAUAUUUGGAAAACUAAGAAGUAUUGGGGUAUGGAAAUAAUUGCGCCAGCUAAAAGACUUGGCCUUAGGUUUUUUUUUUUUAAUGUAAUAUUUUAAUAUCAAAUGACUAAAAGCCUGACAGAUCAGAAGUUAGGAAGUUGAAUAAGUAAAUAUAAACUCAUCAAGUUGGUAAUAGAGUAAAUGGUUUUCUUUGCAAGCCCCAUCCCAGAAUGCCUGCGGCCUUUCAACUCUUUUAAGGGAAUUUUAACACUUAAAUAGAGAACAUUUAUAUUGUAAACAGUAUCUUUGCUACCAACUUUGAAAAUAAAAGUAGUGAUAAAAUUUCAUUGAAAUAAUAGACUAUAUAAGCUCUAUUUUUUCAGUUGGUAUUAAACCACAUUUUGAUACCAGUACAGGUUGACUUUUAAAUAAAGAUUUCAUCAACCUCAUUUUUAUAGCAUUAAUAUUUUAUGAAGAGAAAUUUUAAAUGAAAGCAUUAUUGCUGUGACUAUUAGAAUUAUAUCGUGAUUGUAUUGUAGUUUUGCUCUAUUUCAGAUAAGUAAGUUGAUCUAAGAAGUUUAUCAAAACUAUUCUUAAAUUGCUAAAGCAGGUAAUUUUUUUCUUCCACUUUCCCUCUUUCCACUGAGUUUUAGAAUAUGUCCCUUGUAUACAAGCAAUAAACAUAAAAUGAACUCAGUCAUUUUUAGAAUCCUUUGUUAGAAAGUUUGGAGAAUAAAAUGUCUGCCAUCACUUCGCAUUUAAAGUAAAAGGAGAAUUAUCCUUCCCACGUAAUUUGAUUACUUAUCUGAAAUUAUAUUGGUUUAAUAGUAAAUUAAAAUGACACAGCAAAAGUUAGUCUGUACUAAGGAAAAGCAGAACUCAUUCAGAGUACCACUGCUUGUUUGUACACCCGUUACUCCAGAGGAGGGACUUAGUGUUUCUAGAGACUUUUCUAGUUUCCCCAAAAUAUACCUAAGCAUGGAAGCUAAGAGUUGACUUCUCCAGUAGGAUUUAGAAUGAUAGAUCUCAGACUUUAUUCCUAGUUGAUAAUGUGGCUUUGCUAUAUCAUUAUGUAAAGCAAAGUGGUUUUAAAAAAAAAAUUGUUAUUGUUACUUGUAAUCGUGUCAUAAAAAUAUCUAAAUAGGUAAAUGGAAGAAAAUGGUAGUUUUAAGUCACGGUACCAAAUGCAAAAGAAAAAAGAAAGAAAGUUCAUGAACAGUUGCUUAUUUACAAUAAAUUUUUUUGGAAUUUUUAGUAUUUCAUUUGCCCAGGACACAAGUACAGUUCAGCCAUACUUGGUUUUUAAAUAAUUGCAUUGCCAACUCAUACUUUUUAAGACCUGAUUAUUCUUUGUGAUGAGCAAGAAUAACUAAAAUCCACUUGCAUCAAUGUUUUCACUUACCAAACCUUUAAAUAGUUGUUUAAGGGGAGCCAAUUUUUUUUAUUCUGAUUUUACUGUUUAUUCGAACUCUUGGUUUUUUGAGUAGAAAUUGUAAACAAAUUGGUUAAAAGCCCCAGUCCAAAAAAUUCAAACACAAUCCUGAAAAAAGCCCUAAUUGCAAUUCUUUUUUUGCCUACAGGGAAAGAAAAUAAAGCUAUUAUCUAAUCUAGAGGGAAGUACUCCCCAGCAGUAAAAACAGCAUUUUUGAGUCAAAUAAAGAUCAGUUAAGAAUUAUUUACCUUAUAGCAGCACAACAUAUUGAAAAGAAAUGUUUUAAAGUUGUUUACAAAUGUUUGAUCUUUUUUUUUUUUUUGCUGAAGUAUUAUAGAGUUUUGAAUGUCUUUUUUCCUCCAAGUUUCUUUCUAUUCCUAACUUCACCCUGCCUGUAGCCAGAGACCAUAGGCCUUUCCUGUGAAACAAUAGUUUCUUUCUGUAAGUGUAUGUGUUUUCCACCUUCUCUCUUAAGAUAGUAGGAAGCUCUGCUUCUCCCUCUGUUAUUGGAACAUUUUAUGUAAGAUGAUGCAGAAAUCCUUGUGCAUACUGUAUAAUUAAAGGGAGCUUUUUAGAUUUAUUUUUGUUUGUAAUAAAAACCAGAUUGUUAUUCUAAACUUGUUUACAAAAAUGGUGAAUGAUUUAUAUCAACAAAUGAGCUGUGAGGUGUUCUACUCCUGCAGUGCGCUUG